AUGAAAGUCGGUCACGGCGGGUAUCGAGGGUCAGAAGUACCUCUGCCAGUUGAGGUUCUCAAUCUCAUCCUCUCGUAUACGUCAACGUUACAAGAUGACGAAACGCAAUAUACGCUGUGGGCAUGCUGUCUGGUGUCUAGGUCCUGGUACGCCGCCUCAAUCAGCCACCUCUACGCUCACCCACUUCUUGGGAACCGCAAUUUCGACAAAUUCGCUCGCACAAUAUGCCCGCCUGUGAGUGCGCAUAAACCUAAGAUAGGUUUAGAGAACUUUAUAACGCGACUGGAUAUGUCUGGCCUCGCGUACGAAAGCUCGAAGAGUCUCACGGCCCGACUUCUGCGCAGGACACGGAACUCAUUGGAAAGCUUCGCGGCGCCGGCAGUCACCUUUUCAAUCGCAUGUCUUGCGCCGUUAAGCAAAUGCGCGCAUCUAAAACUGUUGGAUCUCUCUUGUGACUCAUAUGAAAUGACCCUGCCGCAGCUUCUCGACUCAAUUGGCCAUCUCUCCCAUUUGGUCACUCUCAAACUGCCCCGGAAUGCACUUCGUGGUCGCUGCAGCCUCAGCUCCAAGUCCCACUGGCCAGUGCACCUCCGAAACUUGCAGGUAAGCGACUUCCUUUACGACGACCUCGAGUCUUGGGCCACUCUCUUCGAAAGUUGGCCCAGCAGCAUUCGAAGUUUCAAGAUUGCCGAAUGCAAAGGCUACGGGUCACUGCACUGCUUGGAGCCAAGUUUCCUUGCCGUGGAUUCCAUUACGUCUUUCGAGAUAGGGAUCUCGUGGCACGAGGACGCAUUUCCUUUCCAUCGCCUCCUCAAGACAUUUCCAAAUAUUGUCAGACUCACUCUACCGGCCUAUCAGGCAGAACAACUAGCAAAGUCCACCGGUGUUGAUGAGUUCAUGAGCGACCUCCAAAGUGGUGCAUAUCUUCAAGAUGCGGACCAUGAGAGUUCUGUAGAGGUCCUGAUCUUGACGGGACAACAACCACCUGCAACCGUCCCUCCGGCCUUGAGUGCCGAAAUUCUCGGAAGAUAUGUCCACAAAUUCCCUCGACUGAGACGACUAGAGAUCCCGGAGCCAUAUGCUCGUCCGGGUGGAGCGACAAGGGAGUAUGAACUACUAAACGAUGAGCUGGAGAGAAGGGGAAAUGCAGAAAAUAGAGCAACAUCUGGAUUGUAUCUGUGCUGA